CCCAUACUUCCUCAGCCAUACUCAUCCCUCCACCUGUCCAGAUAUCUGGUCAUAACAUUGUUCUUCUACCCUCUACAUAAGAUUUACAAGAUGAGCAACAUUUUGGAUACCUUCCCUGAAUACGCCCAGACGACAUCUCUGGAUCAUCUGCGGGAGACCCAGUAUAGCUACUUGGACGAAAGGGGUCACACAUACCUCGACUACACCGGUUCUGGUCUCGCUGCUAAGGAACAGUAUCAUGCCCAUAAUGCACGCCUCACGGAGCAGGCCUUUGGCAACCCGCACUCCGUCAGUCCCACUAGCGAGAACUCCACCCGGCUCGUCGAGCAGGCGCGCGCCCAUGUACUUUCCUAUCUUAAUGCCUCUCCCGACACAUAUACCGUCAUCUUCACUCAGAAUGCUACGGGAGCAGCGCGUCUUGUCGGCGAAUCCUACCCCUUCUCCCGGCAGAAGCAGUUCAUCUUGACGGCAGACAACCACAAUUCUGUAAAUGGAAUCCGGGAGUACGCUCGAGCAAAGCAUGCACGCACCGUCUAUGUGCCUGUGCAGUCCCCGGAGCUCCGAGUCAGUCCGGCUACUUUGGCAUCAGUCCUCGGCGGCCACUGGUGGGAGUGGGGACGUGACCGGCUAGCAUUGACCAAAGGAGGCCGUCCGAACCGUGAUCGGGGACUAUUUGCCUAUCCAGCCCAGAGCAACUUUAGUGGAGUCCGCCAUCCUCUCGAAUGGGUGACAUUGGCUCAACAAUGUGGCUUUGAUGUGCUCCUAGACGCUGCGGCAUAUCUGCCUACCCAGAAGUUGGAUCUGUCUCCCAAAAACCCCCAGCCUGACUUUGUCAUGGUCAGCUGGUACAAACUCUUCGGCUACCCCACCGGUCUGGGCUGUCUGAUUGCUCGUCGUGAUGCACUUAGUCGCCUCUCACGGCCCUGGUUCUCUGGCGGGACAGUCAAGACGGUGGGGGUAGCGCUGACCUGGCACGUCAUGGCCGCCGACGAGGCCGGGUUUGAGGAUGGCACCCUGAAUUUCCUGUCUAUUCCAGAUGUCCAAGUGGGUCUGGAAUGGCUGGAGCGCGUGAACAUGUCUUUGAUCUCCACCCGAGUGCGCUGCCUUACGGGCUGGUUCCUCCAGCGGCUGCUCGAACUCCGUCACAGCGACGGUUCCCCGAUGGCCGAAGUUUACGGGCCCACCGACCUCAAGCGUCGCGGCGGCACCAUUUGCUUCAACUUCCUGGACGCCAAGGGAGAUAUUGUGGAUGAGCGGAUUGUGGGGCAGGAAUCAGCAGCUGCCUCGAUCUCUCUGCGCACUGGCUGUUUUUGCAAUCCAGGGCCUGCAGAGAAGGCUUUACGGAUUGAUACGCGGCCGCUGCGGCGUGUGCGACGUCGUCUCCGCAAGGGCCUAAUCCCGAUGGACACCUACAUCAGCAUUGGUCGUCUUCCGUCGGGAGGGGCCAUCCGGGUAUCGUUUGGCGUGGCCUCGAAUACAGCAGAUGUAGAUCGGUUUUUCGACUUUGCUACCAAAACCUACCGGGACCGGGUGCCUGAUACCAGUGGACUUAGCCCGCGUGAUGGGUGCUAG